UAAGCAAAAACAAACAAACAAAAACGGCACGCUGAAUGUUGGGGCGCAAGUUCCUAAUUUUAAUCCAAUUGUUCUUGUCCUUCCUGUUGUGCUUUUAAUGAAAGUUGUGAUCCUUCUAUUACCUUAAAAUUCUUUAUGUGCUAUAUAGAAAAAAAUAAAUAUAAAAUAAAUAUCUUAACUGUAUUAAAAAAUAUGAUCACAUACACAUAUGAUCACAGGCAUUUAAGGCAAUCUAUGUAAUUGACAAACUAUUCCCUGAAAAAAUACUAAUGGGAAGAAAUAAUUUAAUAUAUUUACUAUCUUUUUCUCUAGAUUCCAGUUGGUUUAUGUUCUGAACCUUGUUUUCCAGGAACUCGACGAUCUAAAAGAGAAAGCUAUCACUCCUGCUGUCAUGAUUGUAUUCAAUGUCCAGAAGGACAUAUCUCCAAUGUAUCUGAUAGUGAAAUCUGCAAAAAGUGUCCUGAGAAUCAAUGGUCAAAUGAAAUGAAAAUUGAAUGUCUUCCAAAAAUGAUAGAGUUUCUCUCAUACAAACAAGACACCAUGGCAACAAUUUUUUCUUCCAUAUCUGGACUAUUUCUCAUCAUAACCGUCUCUGUAUCAGGGAUUUUCAUCUCAUUCUUGAACUCUUCCAUAGUAAAAGCCAAUAAUCGGAACAUCAGCUUCAUUCUUCUUCUAUCCCUGAAGCUGAGUUUAUUCUGUGUGUUCCUGUUCAUUGGUCGCCCAGAUGAUAUAACCUGCAUGUUACGACAAAUCUCCACCGGAGUCACCUUCACUGUUGCGGUGUCUUCUAUCCUGGCCAAGACCAUUAUGGUUUCCAUCGCUUUCAAAGCCACCAGACCUGGAAGCUCCUGGAGGAAAUGGAUGGGGGUAACACUGCCCAAUUCUGUAGUAUUGAUCUGCUCCCUUGUUCAGGUUCUGAAUGGAAUUAUUUGGUUGUCGGUUUCUCCUCCAUUUCAGGAGCAGGACAUUGACUCUUAUCCUGGAAAGAUCAUCAUUCAGUGUAAUGAAGGUUCUGUGGUGGCUUUUUAUUUCAUGUUGGGUUAUUUGGGGUUUCUGGCAGCGGUUAGUUUUGUUCUGGCCUUUAUGGUGAGGACAUUACCUGAUAUCUAUAAUGAAGCCAAGUACAUCACCUUCAGCAUGCUGCUGUUCUGCAGUGUGUGGAUCUGUGCCAUCCCAGCGUAUCUGAGCAGUAAGGGGAAGGACAUGGUCAUAGUGGAGAUAUUUGCUAUAUUGGCUUCAGAGAUUGGGAUUCUGGGCUGUAUAUUUUUUCCUAAAUGCUACAAUAUUAUUAUGGGGCCGGAGAUGAAUAGUAGAAGGCAGUUCCUGGAGAAACAAUAA